AUGGAAAUUUCAUACUACAUACUCAUCUUCACUUUCCUUUACUUUCUAAAGAAUCAUGUCCUUAGAAAAUUCCAAAAUCUCCCACCAAGUCCCUUUAUCUCUUUGCCCAUUAUAGGUCAUCUAUAUCUAUUCAAGAAACCAAUUCAUAAAGCAUUAGCCAACAUCUCAGAAAAACACGGUCCUUUGCUUUACCUCCGAUUUGGAUCGCGUCCUGUCCUACUCGUCUCCUCCCCUUCUCUUGCAGAGGAAUGUUUCACCAAAAACGACGUUGUUUUUGCCAACCGUCCGAGGUUGCUUGCUGGAAAACAUCUUGGUUACAAUUAUACCACUCUUCUUUGGGCAUCCUAUGGUCAACAUUGGCGCAACUUAAGAAGGAUUGCUACUCUUGAAAUCUUGUCCACUCUGAGAGUUCAAAUGUGUGCUGAUAUUCGUAGAAAUGAGGUUCACAAUCUGCUUCAACGACUUGUAAGGGGAAAAACCAUUGGUGGAGAUCCUAACACAAACGUGGUGGAUAUGAAAGCGGCUUUCUUUGAGAUGACACUGAACAUCUUGAUGAUGAUGAUUGCUGGGAAGCCAUACUAUGGUGAUUCUGAUGAGAAGUUGGAGACAUCUAGAAGGUUUAAAGAGAUUGUCACAGAAAGUUUCCAAGUGAGUGGUGCAACAAAUAUAGGAGAUUUUGUGCCGCUUCUUAAAUGGAUUGGAAUAAACAAACUUGAGGAUAAGGUGAAGUUAGUGCAGGAGAAGAGGGAUAAAUUCAUGCAAGAAUUGAUUAUAGAGCACAAGAACCGCCGAAAGGGAUCUUCUGUGGAGCCAAGUAACAACACCAUGAUUGAUGUUCUCUUAUCCCUCCAAGAUUCGGAGCCUGAUUAUUACACAGAUGAAGUGAUAAGGGGCAUGGGAAUGGUCAUGUUUACAGCAGGUACUGAUACUACAGCUAUCACAAUGGAAUGGGCAUUAUCACUUCUUCUGAACAAUCCCGAGGAACUAAAGAAAGCUCAAAAUGAAAUCGACACUCACAUCAGAGACUCAUCAAGAUUACUUGAUGAUUCAGACCUUGCUCAACUCCCUUAUCUCCAUGGAAUCAUAAACGAAACUCUCCGAAUGUGCCCAGCUGGUCCAUUACUCGUGCCACACGAGUCCUCGGAUGAGUGUGUCGUUGGAGGUUUUCAUGUACCCCGUGGGACAAUGUUGCUAGUGAAUUUGUGGGCAAUACAAAAUGAUGCUAAAUUGUGGGACAAGCCAAAUGAGUUCAAGCCUGAAAGGUUUAUCGAUUUCAAAGGUCAACGAGACGGGUUCAGGCUAAUGCCAUUUGGAUAUGGCAGGAGAGGAUGUCCAGGUGAGAAUUUGGCAAUGCAUGUGGCUGGUUUGGCAUUAGGAUCACUUAUUCAGUGCUUUGAAUGGGAGAGAGUAAGCGAAGAACUGGUAGACAUGACUGAAGGACCUGGACUCACUAUGCCGAAGGCUAUACCAUUGCUAGCAAAAUGUAGGCCACGCCAAAAUAUCGACAACCUUCUUGCUCAUUUGUAAUCACAAUUCUCCCCUGCACUUUCUCUUU